CCUCAGACGCUCCAUAGUUGUGUCCUUCAAGUGACAGCGGCAGCAUGGCGAAUGCUGGAAGCAGGGUAUCUGUUGAAGGCGAAACUAUGCGAUACACUGAAUACAAUUCUCAAUCUCAAAUCAGGAGCGAAACAGAAAUCGACAAAAGACUUGUAAGUAUAUACGUUCUUUUGUUGUUUGAUUUUUUGGUGGAUAACAAGCUCUGGUUAUUACACAAGCCUGCAGCUAAGCUAGCUAGCUAAUGCCAGAACCUUCUAUUGACUAGCAAUUAGCUGGUGGAUAGCUACAGUACUAGCAACAGAGAGCAAAUGUUGGUUCCCCAUCACAGACAACAAUGUGAUCAAGGUUGUGCAUUCACGGUGAUGAAUCUAGCAAUCGCCAGUAAGUUGAAUGUCAUGUAACAUACUGUGAUUUAAUCAGCCGGCUGAGUGACUCAGGCUUGCAAAGAAAACAGCGUUAUUUUUUUUUUCCGUUGUUGUUGUUGACCGAUGGGAAAAGUACCCAAUUGUCAUACAUGAGUAAAAGUCAAGAUACCUUAAUAGAAAAUGACUCAAGUAAAAUUGAAAGUCACCCGGUAAAAUUCUACUUGAGGAAAAGUAUUUGGUUUUAAAUAUACUUAAGUAUAUUUUAGCAAUUACAUUUACUUUUGAUACUUAAGUAUCAAAAGUAAAAGUAUAAAUCAUUUCAAAUUCCUUAUAUUAAGCAAACCAGACGGAACCAUUUUUCUUUUUUAAAAUUGUAUUUACGGAUAGCCAGGGGCACACUCCCAACAGCAACACUCAGACAUAAUUAACAAACGAAGCAUGUGUGUUUAGUUUGUCCGCCAGAUCAGAGGCAGUAGGGAUGACCAGGAUGUUCUCUUGAGAAGUGCGUGAAUUGAACCAUUUUCCAGUCCUGCUAAGCAUUUAAAAAAAUUGUAACGAAUACUUUUGGGUAUCAGGCAAAAUGUAUGGAGUAAAAAGUACAUGAUUUUCUUUAGGAAUGUAGUGAAGUAAAAGUUGUCAGAAAUAUAAAUAGUAAAGUACAGAUACCCUAAAAAAACUACUUAAGUAGAACUUUAAAUUAUAUUCACUGAAGUAUUUUACACCACUGUUGUUGACUGAUGGAUUGUUGUAUUGAUAUUGUUCUGUAUAUUCAGGGUGGUACUCUGAUAGCGGUUGGCCUUGGUGUUGCUGCUGCAGGCUUUGCAGGUAAGAAAUAGCAAACAUAUAAUAUGCACACUCACACACCUUGCUACAGUUUGUACGCCAGAUAAUGUGAUAUAACCAAAGAUUUUUGGUGUUCAUUACAAGUUUGCCCAUACAAACCGCUGCCAUAAAUUCUUUAACUUACCUUGUAUUGGCGAUACUCACUUCGUUCUCGAUUCUGGAAAACAGUUUUCUUAUAAAUGUGACAGAUUGGGUCUUAUGUAGCAAAAUUUGAAAGUGUUUUUUUACAUUGGAUAAAAGAGCUAGAAAAUGGUAUAUCAUACACUACAGUUGAGGAACAAUGGGAAAGUAAUUCUGCUUUGAAAGUUAAACUUGUAACCACACUUUUGAGAAAAUGGCCUUUGAAUGUUUUGGUACACCUACUGGAGAGCUUUUCUUUGUCUACACACAUUCAUCAACGUUCACACCCUCUUAAGCCUUAGCUCCACCCAUCUCUUUAAGGAUUCACAUGUGCUAAACAGAGUGAGUAAGGUAGUGUACUAAACGACCAAAGAUUUCAAGUCUAAAGGCUGGUUUAUACUACGUCUAGCGACAUGUCUGCAGACAGUUGUCGCAGUGACAUCAUGAACAUUCUAUUGUCAUCCGACAUCAAACUUGUCGUUGUCGUUAUCAAAAAGACAGGCUGCAUGACAUCAGCAGCCUGGUGGUCCAAAAUAGCAUAACUUCUGUAUUUUAACACUAAUAAACCCAUCUGUUUAAAAAUGAAUUUAGUAUAUGUCAAUCUAGCAAACCAGGCAACUAAAGGCAACUUUGUAAAACAAAAAAAUGGUUCAUUUCUAGCUUGUUAGCUAACGUUAAGUUGGCUGGUUAGCCAGUUCAAAUAAUGACCAUAUCAUAGCUGACAACGUCUUAACUUUAGCUUAUUUACAAGUUAAUGCCAAGCUAAUUGCAGAAAUAGCUUACGGUUGUGAGUGUGACGAAAUAAAAGCAGGGCAUUCUACCAGAGAAUUUUAGAACUUGGACACUGUCUCGUUGGCCGAACAUUACGUUCUCCCGAGUGGUGCAGUGGUCUAAGGCACUGCAUCGCAGUGCUAGCUGUACCACUAGAGAUCCUGGUUCGAAUCCAGGCUCUGUCGUAGCCGGCCGCGCCCGGGAGACCCAUGGGGCGGCGCACAAUUGGCCCAGCGUCGUCCAGGGUAGGGGAGGGAAUGGCUGGCAGGGAUGUAGGGUUGUGGGUUCGAUUCCCACGGGGGGCCAGUAUGAAAAAAAAUAAAAUAAUAAUAAUGUAAGUCGCUCUGGAUAAGAGCGUCUGCUAAAUGACAAAAAUUUAAUUACAUCCUAAUUUGACUUUGAUGCAGGUCAUGUUGUUCUUCACAUUACCGUCUCUGGUAAACACACACUAUAUCAAAUAAAAUCAAUGUUUAUUUGUCACAUGCACAGGAUACAGAAGGUGUAAACGGUACAGUGAAAUGGUUACUUGCAUAGUGGAGUCUUUUGUUUAGACAUGUAGCUAGCAAGCUAAACAAUUAACCAUAAUCCCAACUCAUAACAUUACUACCAUGCAUGAAUAUAUAGAUUGCAGGUAGCUAAAGCUAACCAACUAGGUUCAAUGUUAGCUAGCUAACAUUAGGCUACAAUUAACCAUAAUCCCAACUCAUAACAUUACUACCAUGCAUGAAUCUGCAGGUAGCUAAAGCUAACCAACUAGGUUCAAUGUUAGCUAGCUAACAUUAGGCUAUAACUAGCAAUGCUUUUUGAGAUCAAAAUAAUAUUACUACACAGAUCAUACACGUGAAGUUAGCUAGCGAGCCAGCCAGCUAACGUUAGCUAGCUAGCUAACAGUACACUUUAACUUGCAAUGAAAAUGACUUUCUGACAAAAUUAGAUAUGUAUAAUCUCCGAAAAUGUAGCUAGCUAGAAUCUCUUACCCGUAUACAUGGAUGAACGCUUCUCCCUCUCUGUUACAGAUGCCAUGGUUGCGGUUAGUUUGAAGAUGUAAUCUGGAGACAGGUGUUUUAUACAACAGCCUUCUGUGUGUUCUUUUUUCGACUCCCUCCGCAUAUUUGCAAUCAAACGGCAGAAUUUUCUUCAUCUCCUUAGCUAUCAUACUCUGCUAUCAUACUCCGGGCAUUCCACUGAUUUUAAAACUUGGUCAACUUCUUCCUUGACAACACUUGAUCGCCGUUUCAGAAGACUGUCUGGUUCAAUGAAAAAUGUUUUUACCUAAAUCAGGGAUUUCCUCAUCGUCUGAUUCAUUUUCAGAGUCAGAGAGAGUCAGCAUGGCACGAUUGUCCUCCAGAAAGUGGAGAGCAUUAGCAACACUUUUGCAGUUUUUCGUGACAUCUUUCAAAAAAGCCGCGUUAGAAAGGCUUACCUACACAUACUGAGCAGCUCAUGUUAUAGACAGUAGCAUGCUACAUGGCAGACCAAUCCGAACUCCUCUCUCGGCAUGUCCAGCCCAUCCAUUUUCUCAGCCAAUCAUGGCUAGCGGGAAGGUUCCUGUCUUUUUCACUGGCUAAACCAACCAGACUCACAAUUGAAAUGUUUUAUUCGUAUGUACAGAUGGCAUGCAAGUUUGUUAUUAAGGCUCAUGAAAGUUAACAUGUUCCAGUUUAUUUUGAUCAAAAAUAAAUGCUUAUGUUCAAAUGCCUCUCCUGUGAAGUAGUGACGUGCGACCAACGCCUAGUUCCCUGAAACAAGUCACAAAUGUCAGUGUACAAUUGCAGGUGAUAAAUCCAUGUUUUGUACCGCAAGAGGCCGUUCCUCACCAUCUUAGCUGCCACACAUCUAGCAUUUCCCAGCAUUUUGCAGGAACUAAUCAUUUUUAUGCAACGCUACACACAUGCAAGAAGCAUAUCUCACUCAAAACAUGGAUUUACUAUCUUUCUGAGUUUUCUCUGGUGUUUGUAGAACCACCUGCAACUGUACACUGACACGUAUAAGAUACGUUUUCCAGAAUCGAGAACGAAGAGUGUAUCGCCAAUACCAGGUUAGUUGUCGAAUUUAUGGCAGCGGUUUGUAUGGACAAACCUGUAACGUCCAGUAAUAGACACCAAAAAUCUUUGGUUAUCACAUUAUCUGGCGUACAAUCUGUAGCAAUCACACACCCAGGUUAUUUGGUUAUUCAGGAAGUUAGAUGUCUUACAAAACAGUAUAUUAUGAUCUUCCAGUCAUUCUGUAUAGUGAUAAAGUGCCGUUAUCGGGUUAUCUUGCAGAGCGCAGCAGUGAAUAGGCACUAUGCCAUUAUCAGCAUUGGUACAAGAGUGUCAGUCAGCACAGCCGUAUUGUAUCAUGGUUAAUAGUAAGGCAGUGUGUGGUCUGCCAGUUGCCACAGGGUUCGAGUGAUGUGAGGUCAUUAGUUGUUGUGGCGGCUUUGAGGAACAGCACAGUCUAAUUAUCCUCUCUAUGUACAUGGAAAGGCCAGCAGCAGGCCAGCCGUGCACGUGCGUGUGUGCGGUCCCUCCACGGUUGAAGGACUUUCAGCUUUGUAGUUUUAGGAAAACAGAACUUCCUGGAGGUGGAGUAGUGGAUUUACUCCGCCCACUCAGAACAUGUCAGUCAUCAGGUUAUAAAUAAUGCCCUGAUUACUCCCUGAGCUUAGCAGCGUGGCUCUCAUACGUGACUGAGUGGUUUAGUGUUUUUCUCUUGGAAAGCAGCUCCUCCAGAGAUGUUUUCUGCUGUGUGUGUCUGUGUGUGUGUGUGGAGUAUAUAAACAGAAAAUGUUUGGCAGGGUGUAGAUGCUGACUGGCUGUAUGUGGGUUUGGAGAGUGACCACAGCUUAUGACAGUUUACCAACACAAACACUGACCCAGUACACACCGAUAACACACACACUCCGAUACAUAUUAGACAGGACAAGAACAUAGAACUGUGGUGACCAGUGAAAAGGGGUCUGUGUGUGUAGGACAAAUAUGUACUGUGUUUAUGUUUCAGGUCGUUAUGCCUUCCAGUUGUGGAAGCCUCUAGGACAGGUCCUGUCACAGACUGCUAAGAAGAUGCCCACCUCAGUAAGUAAGCGACUAACUUGGUUAUGUGGUGAACCACACGUCUAGGACGGUACCGCAAUCCUAAGAGGAGAUGAAAACAUAUCUAACCAUGUAGACCUAUAUGUUUUUUGGGGCAACUUCUAAUGAACUCCUACUAAUUGUUUGCAUGUCUUGGUACACUGUAUUCUAAAACUAUGCAUGAUCAACGAUGACACCCACUGGUUUUGCAGAAAACUCUCCCACCACCCUACGGACGCACAUUUGCAAAUCUGGGGAUUUCAUGUAUUGCCCCAUCAGAUAGUCACCAAUCACCAAUGUUUGGUUGCAUGUUUGUGGUGUAGUAUUUAUUCCACUGACUGUCUGUAGGGUGGUUAGUGGGUGGACUGAAUCAUGGUCUUCAGUUUCCCCCUACUGCACCUGAGUUAUUGCUCCACAGACCAAAGGCUCCACAUCAGGUUCCCAGACAGGGUGAUGCACCCACUGCCCUCUCUCACCUCCCCCUGACCCUGGCGUGUUUUGUGUAGCCAUGUUCAGUUGGAGGACAGGAAGGGGUCAGAAAGGGCAGAUGCAUAGCUGCACUUCUUGAUGACUCACUUUGUGUGUGUGUGUGUGUGUGAGAGAGAAACAGUCAUUCCUUCUAGUGUGUGUGUAUGAUUAAAGCAGUGCGUGACGUGAGAUGGAUAAGUGAUCAGAUCUCACACUGUGUGUGUGUAUGUCUGGCAGUUUCUCCCAGUGUGUACUGUGUGACAAUGAGGCAGUGCGUGACCGAAGGGAGUUAUUGAACCCUAUGUACCACAGAAUGCACUUCCACCCUUCUUACUCUAAGUAUUUACACUGAGUAAAAAAGGAUACCUUUCUAGUGGGUGAGUUGAAUGAUUUCUAGGUGUGUGUGUACUUUCAGUACUAAUAUCUCUCCUCUCUCUCCAGGCCUUCUCAUCCCACUACUAUAAAGGAGGGUUUGACCAGAAGAUGACUAAAAGAGAAGCUAGCCUCAUCCUUGGUAUCAGGUAAGACUGGCGAAAGUGUGUGUGUGUCAUGCUUGCCUGUUUGUGAAGGUGUGUGCGCACAUGUUUCUAUUUCAGUCUGCGUUUGAUUUCUCUGGGUCUUUGAUGGGUUUAUAUUAGUCAUCUCUCUUCCUGGUUUAGUUUAAUUUCACACUGUCAAUCACAUUAGGGAGAGAACAGAACACCUCUGAAUAGUUUAGUGGUCAGAAGAACUGGAUGUUCUUACUGCAACUUGUGAAUAUGUGAUUUGACCACUAGAUGGUGGUGUAAUCCUGCUCUAAAUAUGUGUUGUCUGUGUGUAGCCAUAUGUAGUACAUUCUUCUAACCCCAAUCCUGUAUCUCUCUCCCCCUGUAGCCCGACCAGCACCAAGUCCAAGGUGAGAGAUGCCCACCGGAGGAUCAUGGUCCUCAACCACCCAGAUAAAGGUCAGUUGACAGUUUAAUCCAUAUUUACUGGACAUGCGAAAGGACUGAUUGGAGACGACUGAAUUAAUUAUACAGUGAUAAUCUCCUAUUACUGGUUCACGUGUGAACAGCAUAUCACCUGUCUUUAUUGAACCCAUAUACAAGGUGUUUUUCCCCAGCGUCAGGCUUGUGCACUCGGCCCCUCUCUCCUCUAUCAAGGUUAAUGGCCUCCCUCAGUCUCCCUCUCCUGAGAGGUGUACACACACACACACAUACAAAGUCACGCACAUACACAGCAGUUAGUUUUACACACUUGUCCACACGGUGUUUUUCCCUCUCCUGAGAGGAACACACACACACAGCGGGUAGUUUUACUCUGUGUGAAAUGAGAAAUGGCCUGUGGGAUUCCUCUCUGACUGGGCGAUAAGAGCUGAGGUGACAGAGCGAGGGAGGAGUUAGAGAGAAAGCGGAAGAUGGGGACAAAUAAUAAAUAGGGGGAUGAAAUAUGGGGCUAUAAGCUCUGUAGGGUCACCUGUAGUCACAUCCAUCAAUACUGUCAUCCUUGGAUAUGGAUUUUUGUGUUCUGUUUCAGAAGGAGGUAGCACAGUUUAAAUUAUAGUUAAUUUGCAUGUGUUUGGUUACUGGGACAUCGAUAGAGGAGAGAGGGUAAUAACCCACAGAUGGUCUGUCAGUCAGCUGGGUCUGGGCAGGAAAGAGUUGACUGAUUCCUGGUCAGAGUAAUGUGUUGGAAUGAUUUGGCUAAUUACCUCUCAUUAGUUCCUGUCUGUGAGCCAAUAAGGUUCAGUGAGCAAGAUGACGAGAUUUCAGGAAGUGAUUCGACAGACUGCUCUCUAUUUCUGCCUCUCUAGGCCCUCUAGCCCUGUUUUUAGUAUCUUUCUUUCCUUGUGAGUGCUGAAGGCCGUACCGGGCCGGCUCUGUGUGUCGGUGACUGAUUAGCAGACUAGUUGAGGCCUUCAUCAGGCCCUGCUCUCUGUCACUGCAAACACUCCCUAACAGUCUCAUUUAUUACCCUAAACACACACACACACAGUACUGCUUCUGCUGACACACUACACACCACCUAGAGAGGGCAGUAUACACACAUGGCUACUAAGGAAGUGUUGUGCACACACACACACCUGUGCCCUUCAGGCUGUCUUGGUAGUGUACUACUACUCCCAGGAUGCUGUACUCAUUGACCCUGUGAGCUGAGCAGACCACUCUGCCUCAGGACACACACACCUCUAUCAUGUGUUUUCAGAGCAGUGUGGUGAAGGGUAAGAGACGAGGAGAGGAAGUCACUUUAGACUAUUAGGAUGCAACCCAACCUCAGUUUGUGCUAGCUCAGCAUACACCUAUUCCCUGUGCUCUAUAGUGAUUAGUGUUCCACCGUGUGUUAAUGCACAGUGCCGGCAGGCCAAACAGCUAUAGAAGGUGAUUGGAUGUGACUGAGACGGGUAAUGACUGAGCCUACUGUAGUCCUCUACACCUGACCUCUACAUAGACUGGUUGUGUCAGUCAGUAGAUGUCACUGAGGGGGUUUUGAGAGGGCAUUGGGUUGGUGUGACUGAAUGUCUGGGAAACAGCUUGCAUGUCAUGUGUAGACUGCGUUAUAUUGUUCUCACCUGGAAUAGAUAGAGGGGUGUGAGGGAUGGAGGGGGGGGGGUGAAACAGACCGGUAUUGAUGAGAAGCGGAUGUGUAUUCUCUCUCCAGGUGGAUCUCCAUACAUGGCCGCCAAGAUCAAUGAGGCUAAGGACAUACUGGAUAAAGACCAACGCCGCUAAUAAAAACUACAGCCCCCAUCACCCAUCUGACCUCCUGGACUACAGUAUACUACAGAUCUAUUUAUUCUAGCCCUAACACAUUACCAUCCCCAGAAGCAGUGCUACUGCACCAAUGGACUAUUCCGAAUCCUCGUUCAGGAAAGGUUAUCUUUCAAGUUGAAGGUCACCUGUAGUUAUAGCUUUAUAAAAGUCAACAUGUCUACUGUACAGUCUGUUGUAAAUACACUAUACCAUAAGAUACAAGAUAAUAAUAUUCCAUAGAAUAACUAAUUAAAACAUAUACAGUGGGGGAAAAAAGUAUUUAGUCAGCCACCAAUUGUGCAAGUUCUCCCACUUAAAAAGAUGAGA